GCCGGGAUGUGGAAGACUCGGGUGACGUUGGCCGCGCUUGUGGUCACGACCGCGGGCUUCUUGAUGCUCCAGACCCUUCUCGUGCAGCGCGGUGCCUCCUUGACGUCACGGCUCGAAGCCAGGCCCGUGACGACGUCGAGCACGCCAGACCCUCCACCAUUUAGCAUCGGGAAAGUCCACAUCGUCACGCUGGCGGACGACCCCACGCGCACAGCGAUCUGCCCACUGGCGGCCUCCGUGUAUAGCCAAGGCUUGGUGCUCGGCGUGCUCGGGUGGAACUACAGCGACACGUUCUUCGACGGUACGUCUUGCGGCCCGCCGUGCCAAGCCAAUCGCGGCAAGGACAAUCGGAUCGGCCAGCAAAAGAAGCUGCAUUGGCUCCACCACUACUUUGAGCACCACCCCGAUCUGUGCGACGACGACCUCGUGCUCUUCACCGACGCAUGGGACGUCGUCGUCAAUGGUGACACGGCGACGCUCACGAGCAUCUUUCUCAAGCAGACGCGCGGCCAGCGCGGCGUCAUCUUCAACGGCGAGCCAUCGUGCGGCGACUCGUUCGGGAUCGCAAACCCGUACGGCGACAAGCUCCGCAGCAAGCGCUGGCCGAUUCGCUUGGAGCGCAGCCAAACGCUGCGCUACGCGAGCGGCCACGACAUGUGCUACGCCGUUGCUGCCAAGACCAUGACGUCCACGGCGACAGCGGGUCCGAACUGGAGCCUCGGCUCUGGAGGCAUUCUGGGCGACGUCGCUAGCAUCCGAGCCUUCCUUCGUGGCGUGCACCAGAUCCGGCGCGAGCAAGAAGACGAGUACAGCGCCAACCCGAGUGCGUCGUUUCUCUUUGAAGGCGACCAGAUCUUGUUUCAGCUGGCGUACGUGCGGUUCCCCGAGGUGAACGCGCUCGUGGACACGAGCGCCGAGAUCUUCUUUGUUCUCUCGUACAACGUCGGUGACGACGACUUUGCACAUUUCUCUCUGCCCCGCGGGUGCGCGCCAGAGUACCUCGCCGGCAACGUCGGGUCGGCGUUUACGUAUAACAACGUGACGCCGGUCUUUUUGCAUUUCCCCGGCAGCGCCAAGCGUCACUUGGACACGUGUUUUCUGCACGUUGCUCGUGCCCGCGCCCACCUGCGCCCUCAGCAAUAUUUGAUCGACAUUGAUGCCAACCGACACGUCCUAGUUCACGACCUCUGUGAUAAUUACAGCUAACAGUGAGGCAAAUAAUCGAUGUGCAU